AUGACGCUCGCAGCGCUCUCUGCUAUGGCCGCAACCUUCGCCUGCGUGGCGUGUGCCAUCCGCCGCCGCCACCAUCGUGCCCCCCUUCCUCCAGGACCUAAAGGGUGGCCAGUUAUCGGCAACUUGCUCGAUAUUCCCUCCAAUUACGAGUGGGACAAGUAUAUGCAAUGGGCGAGAGAACUUCAUGCGGCUGGUACAUCGGUGAUUAUCUUGGACUCCUACGAAGCGUGCUGUGACUUGCUGGCGCAGCGCGCCCGGUACUACUCCGACCGUAGACCCGCAUUUCCUAUGACAAUCGACCUUAUGGGUAUGGAGUUCAGCUUCGCCCUCAUUUCGUACGGAGAAGGAUGGCAAGAAGCUUCAUACACUCGUACAUGCCAGUCUGGCUCACAUAUCCGCAGGCGCGCUCGGCAGCGUAUCGCCCGCGAAUCAAUGCACGGGAAAGCCGCCAUCCGAGCUCAAGUCCGCGCACACCUUCCUCCGCAACUUGAACAUGCUCGACGCUGGCGAAGACGACCUGGAAGCAGAGAUGGGAACCCGGAGAAGCCAUCUUUUGUCUUCUGCUCUCUCAAGCAGGGCGGCGACGAUCAGGCCACCGUGGUCACGAUUCUCAACUUCGUGCUGGCCGUGCUCGACACCCCAUUCAUGCAAUGUCGCUCGCAGCGCGAUCUAGACGCCUUACUAGGCCCUUUGCAAGGAGCGGACGGCGAACUUGGACAACUGCCGGUGUUCGACGAUGAAGAGCGGCUCCCUUGCAUCACAGCCCUCGUGCGCGAAAACUCUCGCUCCCGACCUGUCCUACCGAUGUCCAUCUCACACGCCUACAACGGCGUGGAGCCUGACAUAUACAAAGGCUACGCUGUACCCUGCGGCUCGAUCGUCAACCCAACGUCUGGUCCGUUUAGGUCUAUGACGCAUGACGAGAAGGCCUACCCCGACCCCUAUGCCUUCAAGCCCAAGCGUUACCUCGAUGCGGACGGCAAGCUGGACCCGAACGUCCGCCCAAGGGACGAUCAUAUGGCAACUAUUUUGUCCAAAAACCCUUUUUAG